AAGAACCAGAGUCGAAGGGCACACCGGCUUGGCCUGGGUGCCGUAGGUCCCGUUCGAAACAAUUGCUGACCAUGCUAUCGUAUCCCCAUGCCCCAAUGGACCCACAGCAAAUAUGGAGUAUGUGGAGUAGACGGUGCACCAGGAGAAAAGUGCGAGGUCGGAUUCGAAAUUGGCAGAGAGUAUAAAGACAGAGCGAUCUGCCCUCUGCAGUCUGCACUACUGUCCGACUACAGCGCUCAUCACACGCCAAAUUCUCGUCGAAGGCUUGACUUGUCUUGGCCCCUUGCUGAGAGUUUAACGCCCAUUCUUGUUUCUACUUGGCUCUUUUGCAGCAUAAACGUGCACAAGUCGUCGCCUACAGAUCAUCGACUCUCGACAAAAUGGUCGGUUUCCUUGGAAUGACGGGCAAGGCCCUGUCCAUUGCCCAAAUCGCUCUGGUUGUUGCUCCAUCGUUCAUUUUGUUCGGUUACAACCAGUCUGGUCUUGGUCCCCUCCUCUCAGAAGAGAAUUGGAGACAUCAAUUCCCCCUCAUCAACACGGUCGACUACACCGGCGAGACCAAGGCCCACCACGCUACUCUCCAGGGUCUCAUUGUCGCAACUUUCACAAUCGGUGCUUUGAUCGGCGCAUUGAGCUGCAGUUAUACCGGUACUCUUCUUGGAAGACGAUGGGUCAUCUUCAUUGGUGCUCUCUGCACACUUAUUGGCGAGGCCAUUGAAUGCUCUGCAUUCGAGCUCGCUCAGCUUAUCGUUGGCCGUAUCAUCAUCGGUCUCGGUGUUGGUCAGCUCUCUGCUACAGUCCCCGUCUGGCAAUCCGAAUGUUCAUCGGCCAAGAACCGUGGUAAGCACGUUGUUCUUGACGGUAUGUUCAUCUCAUUUGGUUAUACUCUCGAGUCUUGGAUCGAUUUCGGAUUCUUCACCCUGAAGACUGGAUCCGUCACCUGGCGUCCCCCGAUCGCCAUCGCCCUGCUCUUCUCGCUCAUCGUUCUGUUCUCCAUCUGGUUCUUCCCCGAGUCGCCCCGCUGGCUUCUCGCUCAGAACCGCGGUCAGGAAGCUCGCGAGAACUUGGCUGCCCUUAAGGGUCUUCCUGCUGAUGCUCCUGAGAUCGAAGCCGAAUGCGUUGGCAUCGAGAUCUCCCUCGAAGACUCCUCGGCCAAAGCCGUCUCGUUCAAGGAUUUGUUCAAAAUGGGCGAAGACAAGCUUGCGUACCGUUUCGGUCUCUGUAUCCUGCUCCAAUUCUUCCAGCAGAUGUCUGGAACCAACCUCAUCUCCGUAUACGCCUCUACCAUCUUCCAACAGGGUCUUGGCAUGAGCAGCUACAACUCCAAGCUUUUGUCUGCCGGUACUCUCACCUGGAAGUUUUUGUCCUGUUUCGUCGCCUUCUUCUGCAUCGACCGCUUCGGUCGUCGUCUCUGUUUCAUGGUCUCUGGUGGUGGCAUGGCCUUGUGCAUGGUCGCUCUUGCCGUCGCAACUUCCUUCCCUCACGACAAUUAUGGUGCCUCCGUUGCUGCAGCCUUUUUCGUCUACCUCUUCUGCUUCUUCACCCCCAUUGGUUUCCUCGGUGCCAACUUUUUAUACUGUAGCGAAAUAAGUCCCACGAAACUGCGUGUCGCCAUGGCCUCCAUCUCUACUGCGAACCAUUGGCUGUGGAAUUUCGCCGUUGCUAUGAUUACACCAGUAGCCAUCAACAACAUCGGCUACCAGUACUACAUCGUGUAUGCUUGCAUCGGCUCAUGCAUUCCCGUCACUGUCUACUUCCUUUACCCCGAAACCAAGGGACGCUCAUUGGAAGAGCUGGACACCAUCUUUAGGGACAGCCCCUCAGUGUUGGGUACUGUGAAGUACGCUAAAUACAAGCCUAUGAUGGCUGCGGAUGAAGUUCCUUACAGCAAGACCAACGAUGUCCACCUCCAAGAGAAGGUUUAAGGCACGGGUGCUGGACAUUCCUGCUGGAAAAGUUUUCUAUGAAUAUGUAUGAUUUUUAAUGUCACCAAAAGAUGUGCCACUUC